GCCAGGAUGGAGGCUCCGGUGUGCCUGGUUGAGAACAGGAAAAAUUGCCUCCAUGUUUCUCCGGAGGCCCUUCAGUUGCUCUCAGACAUUCGGAAUCCGGUGGUGGUGGUGUCCAUCGUGGGACCGUAUCGCACGGGCAAGUCCUACCUGAUGAACAGGCUGGCUGGCAAAAAUUCAGGUGAGAAGGACAGAGAUGACCCAGGCCAAUAUCCACAAGGUGAACACCUGGGUGGGAAAAGGAACACCCCCAAUUCCGGGGUUCUCUGCUCCAGUAGAGAGGCCUGGAUCUUCACUUUGGCCGUGUUGCUGAGCAGCACCCUCGUCUACAACAGUAUUGGGACCAUUGAUCAGAUUGCCCUGGACAAGCUUCAUUUUGUGACGGAGCUGUCUAAACAUAUCAAGGCCAAGUCUUCCUCCACUCCUGGAGAUACAGAUUCUGAAUUUGUUUGCUUCUUCCCAAACUUUGUUUGGUCUGUGCGAGAUUUCCCACCGCAGCUGCAACGGGAUGGGAAAUCCAUCACAGAGGAUGAAUAUCUCGAACAUGCUCUGAAAUUAAAAGAAGGUGACAGCAAGAAGGAGCAGGCAUUCAAUUUGCCACGGAAAUGCAUCCGACUGUUCUUCCCUACCCGGAAGUGCUUCAUCUUUUAUUGCCCUACUACACCUGAGAACUUAUGCAAUGUGGAACAGAUGUCGGAUGAUCAGCUGCACAAAGGUUUUGUGGAACAAGCAAAGACAUUCUGUCAUUAUAUCUAUGAAACAUCUCAAGAAAAGACUCUUCCAGGAGGGCACAUUGUCACUGGCAACUUGUUGGCAAAGUUAGCCAAGGGCUAUGUGGAUGCAAUCUCUAGUGGGAACGUUCCCUGCCUGGAGAAUGAAGUCUUGGCCUUGGUGGAGAUUGAGAACAGGGCAGCCGUGCAGGAAGCUGUUGCUUGCUAUGCGCAACUGAUGGAGCAAAGCGUGGAGCUACCCACUGAGACUCUCCAGGAACUUCUGGAUGUACACAAAAAAUGUGAGGAACAAGCCCUCAAGAAGUUCAUGGCUGGUGCCUUUAAGGAUGAUACACGUCAAUUCCAGGCUGAAUUCAUGGAAGGUCCUUACGCGGCCGCCCUAGCAACAACAAGGACCCAGCCUGUAGUGCCUAUGCCAGCGAAAACAGAGUUUAAAACUGUGGAGAGCAAAAAGGAAGAGUACUGCAGCAAAAAUGAGCUGAAAUCUUCUGAAAUCUCUUCAGCUUUAUUGCGCUCAAUCUGUGAGAACCUGGAGCAGAACAUCAAGAACGACAGCUACUCCCGAUCUGGUGGCUACCCGAAAUUUGUAAAUGACCUCCCAAAAGUGGAGAAACAAUUUUUGGAGACACCUAAGAAAGGAAUAAUGGCAAGGAAAAUCCUGAAAGAAUUUCCCCAGAACAAGGAAAACUUCUAUACCACUCCAGAUUAUUCUCUGUUUCCGAACUCCUUGCUCUGCAAGGCAAGUGCCACAACAGAUCUGGACUCCCCCACAGAUCCUAAGCCUGUGUCUGAAACGCCUAGCACUAGCAAGGACAAGAAGAAGAAGGGGCCCUUCCAUAGACCACCUGUGGCUAAGGAGGAGAUCCCCACGCCAGAGAUGUUUCUAGAGGUGCUCAAAUCCCAAUGGCUGAGGCCAGGGUCCUUUCCCACUCCAGGGGGAAAUGAGAGGAAAUUCUAUAACCUUAACCCGACCUUUGCUCAAGCUCUCCAGGUUCCUGAGGUGGACAACCUGGUUGCCACCCUAGCCUCAGCGUCAGCAGUGAUCACAGGCAACAUCGCCAGCUGCCUCAAGGCAGAGGACAAGAAGGCAGACAUCGUGUUGUGCAAGAUGUUCCAGGCCAUAACAUGGGCCAUUAGGGCGUCUGCUUAG